AUGCAGGGCUGCGAUGUUGCCAUUCGUGUCUAUAAGACGGAAAACAAUUUCCCCAACAAGAUGAAUACCUGGCAAGCAAUCGCGAAAAGCAAACAGGAGUCGCUCAGAGCUGCUAUUCCGUCCGAAUGGAUUAUUCCUGCACAUAUUCUUCCCCCAGAGCAUCAAACAGACGUCACGUCUUUCCCGCGACAAUCCGGAUGGUUCACUAACAGAGAGCUCGAGAUCCUAUCCACAUCGGCACCUAGGAUCCUGGCCCAUUUGGAAACCAGGUCAUGGACAUCAGAGGAAGUGACAAAAGUGUUCUGUAAGGCCGCUGCAGCGGCUCACCAAUUGACGAAUUGCCUCUCCGAGAUCCUCUUCGACGAAGCCAUCGCUCGAGCCAAGGAAUUAGACGACCACCUGCGCAAGACAGGCAAACCAAAAGGUCCAUUCCAUGGCCUCCCAAUCUCCCUCAAGGACAACUUCAACAUCAUCGGCAAAGACUCCACAGUGGGCUUCACGUCGCUCGUCAACGAUCCCGCCACAUACAACAGUACCCUCACAGAUCUCCUCCUGCAGGGUGGAGCAGUGCUGUAUGUGAAGACCAACGUGCCGACCGCGAUGAUGAUCGCCGAGACCGUCAACAACGUCUUCGGCCGGACCGUGAACCCCCUCAAUCGAAAACUGACAUCCGGUGGCUCGUCCGGAGGUGAAUCGGCACUUAUUUCAUUCGGUGCGAGUCGCAUCGGCGUUGGAACUGACAUUGGUAGCGACCCACUUUACCCUAUAGCAAGUGGCUCUCUCCGUAUCCCAGCCGCCUGCACAGGUAUCUUCACACUGCGGCCUUCCUUCGGACGAUUCCCGAACUUCCAGACUCGAUCGGGACUGGCGGGUCAAGAAGCCGUGAACAGCGUCAAUGGGCCCAUGGCGUCGACAUUGGAGGAAAUCACAUUCUACUCCAAGACCGUCAUCGACCAAGAACCCUGGGUCAACGACCCGAAGUGUCUUCCUAUCCCGUGGCGUCCGGCUGAGCCAAAACACCGACUCAAGCUGGCUGUAAUGUGGAACGACGGCAUCGUCACUCCCACUCCGCCCGUAACUCGUGCACUGAAAGAAACAGUUGACCGACUAAGAAAGGCCGGCCACGAGGUAAUCGACUGGAAACCAACAGGACACAAGGAAGCGCGACAGCUUCUACAGCGCAAGUUCGUCGCCGACGGAGGUAAGUCAGUGCGUGGGCUACUGGCGCCGACGGGGGAGCCUUUCCGGGAGGAAAUGCGAGAUUACGAGAAGGCGACGGAGCUGGGUGUUCAUGAGAUGUGGCAGAUUCAUCUUGAGCGGAAUACUCUGCAGAAAGAUUAUCUUCAUCGAUGGAACGCUAGUGGAAUUGAUGGGAUUCUCUGUAUGAUUCUAGUUUCCUUUCCGGUUGAUAUCUUUGGACUCUCGGUGGAGCACGGUAAAUUUGCAUAUGUGGGAUACACCGGUGUAUUCAACAUCCUCGACUACUCUGCCGUUUCCUUCCCUUGCGGCGUGAAGGCCAGUAAGGCGUUGGAUGUGUCGUAUCACGGCCACAAGGCAUUGAGUGAUGUCGACGCAAGGAUACAGCAUGAUUGUACGUUACCCCACAGUUAUAGUUCGAAAAGCCCCCAGAUAGACCGUACUAACAUCCGAAUCCUAGAUAAUGCAUCCGCAGUUGACGGGAUGCCAGUCAGCCUACAGUUAGUCGCACGUCGACUCGAAGAAGAAAAGGUCCUAAUGAUGACGGGAGUGGUUCUGCAAGCCGUAUCUACCGGCUGGAAGUCCAAGCUAUAA